GAACAGAGAGCGAAAGCGUGCUUCAGAGGAAACACAGCUACUUGGUGGGGGAAAGAACCAAAAAGCUAAAAAAGAAAGAUCGAAACCCUACGAGAUCGGUGAGCUCUCGUCUUCUCCACCCUCCCGGCGUUCCACCCCUUGGAAUCCCUUCUACAUCUUCCCAAUUUCCCUCCUCCCCCGACCCUUAAAUCGUGGGAAAGCUGCUCGCUUGCCUCUGCGAUCAGCACCGCCGCUCGAUCCCGGCGCCGGUCGCUGAAUGCGGCCCGUUCAUGCCUCGAAUUCGUACCGAACGGAGGCGGUAAUCGGAAAAGUAGCUGGCUUUUGCGGGUGGCGUCGCCGUUGAUGGAGAAACCCUAGGUGGAGGAGGGCUGAGCUGGGAGGAGAUCGGAAGCAGACGGUGUCUUUGGAGGUGAGAAACGAUGACCUGUGGGGUUCUCGGUGAGCAUUAGCGUGUGAGGAGCCGAAAGCAAGCCUGUUUGUAAGACGGGGACUGGGUAGCUGAAAGAUGCCUCCUUCACCCUCGUUGAGGCGCUCUCCUGUGAGGGAGCUCAGGAUGGAAAGUUCCCACAAGAGGGGGCACAGUUUUGAGAAUAGAUUUCCUCUCAAAGCCAAGGACGAUGAUCUGGUCCUGUUCAAUGAGAUGCAGAACCGUGAGAGAGAUAACUUCUUGCUGCACCCAUCCGAUGAUUUUGAUGAUUCCAUAUCAAAGUUGAGAUAUAUUUCGGAUUUCAAGCUCAACAUACCAGCUCAUGGAGAGAGCAGUGAUCUACUUAAUGCAGAUGGUGAGAAAAAUGACUAUGACUGGCUGCUGACUCCUCCUGAUACUCCCCUAUUCCCUUCAUUGGAUGAUGAUGAGCCUCGACCUGUUAAUGUGUCCAGAGGUAGAGCAAGAAGUCAACCCAUUUCAAUUUCAAGAACAUCUAUGUGUGAAAAGACUCCAAGAACAAACAGAAGCAGUGCGAGUCCACGUCGAUCAAGUCCAUCUCCAGGAUCUAGUUAUAAUGUUGUUCAUUCAAGAACUAGGCCGUCUUCAGCUCCUCGCUCAAGCCCACCUCAUGUUCUUCGACCAACAACACCCUCACGAAGACCUUCCACUCCUCCAGCCAAGCCUUCAUCACCUGCUCAAAGAUCUUUGACUCCCACGUUACGUAGGAUGAGCACUGGUUCCAGUGGGCAGGCAUUUGCUGGUAAAAGGGGAACAUCCCCCAUAAAGGUGAACCGAGGAAGUUCUGCCUCCCCAAAGUUGCGAGGAUGGCAAUCAAGUCUUCAUGAUUUCUCCACAGAUGCACCACCAAACCUUCGAACUUCUCUGACGGAUCGGCCAGCAUCACAUGUGCGGGGUUCGCCUCCAGCAUCUGGAAAUGGAAGGAAUUGUGUGUCAAAAUUCGGAAGGCAGUCAAUAUCACCAUCUUCUUCUAGAAGUGCCAGAUCGUCACAUAAUAGUGAAGGAGAUCACUUUACCUCUAUUUGUAAGCCAUCUGCAGCAUCUUCCUGCGAAGAUGAUGUUGAAUCACAUGCAUCCAUGGGAGUUUCUCCUAAUGCUGCUACAAGAAAAUAUAGAGAUUUUGCAAACACUAGAGCUAUGGGAUUCUCCAAAAAAAAUUCCAGAUCUCCUUCUUCAUGUUCUGCACCAAAAAGAUCUUUUGAUUCAGCACUUAGACAGAUGGAUCACCAUAAAACUCCUCAAAACAUGUUCAGGCCAUUGUUAUCGAGUGUACCUGCCACCACAUUUUAUGUUGGAAAAGCAAGCAGUACGCAUCGGCCCAUGUUUUCUAGGAAUUCUUCUCAUACAAAUAGUAGUUAUGCGAGUUCUGAGCUUGGCGCUAGUGUUGCUCCUUAUUUGGAGGAUGGUGACCGUGAUCAGAGUGAAUGGGAGAAGAAAAAGGAUGCUGGUUUCCAGGAUGAAGUCUUUAUGUUUGAUAAGUUAGAUGAGAUAGGCGAAGAUACUGGUAAUGACACUUGUGCUGCAAAUCUUCAAAGUAGUAAUGAGUUCUUUGAUGGGUGUGUGACCAACAAAGAUGGCUCUAUUUUGAAGUGUUCUAUAGGUGAUGGUAAUGCAGUAAAUACAACAAUUGCUUGUCCAGGUUCUUCAUGUGCUGCUGAAUGUUCUGAGAUUGUUUCUGCGGAAAAAAUGAGUAUUUGCUCAAAAUGUGGAAGAAAAUUCAUGGUCAUUUAUAAGGAUAUGGAUGUGGAUGUUUGUCAAGAAUGUUCUGAUGCAUAUGAGUUAAUAGAGUCGGAGGAACCUGGGACUAUUCGAGUCCCAAUGCGAGAUGAAGGAAAUUACAAAAUGGGCCAUAAGGUGCAAAGCCAAAUGGGAAUGUCUGCACACUCUGAGAGUAAAAACGAACUCAGGCCUAGGCAACAUGAACGAAGCAGUGAACAAGCAGUAACUAAUUUCCCUGCAGAUAGUGGAUUAUAUUUGCUGGUGAGCGAUAAAAGAGAAGAAAUCCCAUCUAAAGGAGAAGUAUUCGUACCAGGUGAAUUAAGUGCUUCAAGAUCUAGUGAUAAACAUGAAUAUCAACAAAACCUUCCUAAACAGGAAGUAUUUGUACCAGGUCAAUUAAAUGCUCCAGAAUCUAGCGAUAACUGUGAAUCUCUGCAGGCACAGCCAACUCCCAGUAUAAGUGACAAGGUUGACAACUCCGAGGGCACAGGCAUUGCGGUACUUCUAGCGCAUAGGUCAAGCAGCAGAAAGUGGCCUGUCAUGCAAGGAAAAUUUUUUUCUGCUGCAAAUAUACCUUUUUCCGAGCCAUCUUAUAAAAGAGAUAAUAUGACUGCCAUGAAGCGCAGUUUUGGAAGGGAUAGUUCUUCUGCUUCUUCCUCAAUUGAUCUGGGAUCGUCUGGACAAUUGGAUGGCCGCAUUGGGCGCCAAUUAAGCAGCAGGAAGGGUGAGAUGGAAAACGUGAGAGGUGAAAGUCAUACUAGCGCCUGGGGUUGUGGUUCACAUUCAGAUACUAAUAGUACGGUCACAGAAACACUGGUUCACCCUCAAAAUGAAUCAAAAGAAGUGUCUUGUAGUUUUGUCAAAGUCAUUGAGAAUGAUGCUGUGGUAGAGAUAUUAGUAGAUGCUCGAGAGCCUAGUAAUUCCUUUGGAGAUGCAGAUUUGAAUGCAUUAGAGCAUAUAUCUACGGAGCAAGCUGUUACAGAUGUAUAUUCAAAUGCAUUAGAUCACACAUCUAUCGAGCAAACUGUUGUAGACAUAGAUGUAUCCAACUAUACCGGUGCAUCUUUGGCAUCAAAUGACUUGUUACUGCAAUCAAAAGAAGAACCUGGUCUACAAUUGCAUGAUACUACUGUAUCAAAUAAUUUAGGUGAGAGCUGUGACUUGUGUGAAGACACUACCCAAGUACUUUUUAACAACAGCGAAAGCAACAUUGAAGACAUAGAGGCACCGGUUGCUACAACAGAUUCAUGUUCUAUCGAAGACAAUUAUAUGCUGAAUGAUACUGGCCAUCAAAAUGGUUUCUCUGGUGUUGCAACAGAUAGCCCUUCUGCCAUGAUCUCAGAACAGCAAAAUGAUAAAGUCACUUUGCAGGAUGAACAAGAUGAUUGUACACCUGCUCAAGUGCCAAAUUCUGUCGAGAAUUUUCAAGAAGGUUGCAUUUCCACAACAUCUGACAAAGAUGUGUUGCUUUCUGAAUUAGAAUCUAUUUCCAAGGAUCUUUCUAAUGAACAAGUCAUGACGGUCGAAGCUCCAAGGAAACAGAUGCAAAGAAGUUUUACCCUGGAAGAAGCAACAGAUACAAUACUCUUCUGCAGUUCUAUCAUCCAUGAUAUGGCCUACAAAGCUGCAACAAUUGCGAUCGAGAAGGAGCUGGCUCUAUAUGAGUCUUCUCAUCAAGCAGUUACAUUUGUGGGAAGUUCUGUUUCCAAUUGGAAGGAUUUGCGAAAUAUAUCUAACAAAUAUAUUCAGAACUCACAAAAGGUUAGACGAAAAAAACCAGAAACUGCUGAAAAGAUGCCACUUACGGAGGUGGGAAACAAUGUCAGAAACUCAGAGAUUCCAUCGUGCAAUGCUGAAGCUCCGCAAGUGGUUGACAGUGUGAAGCCCCCAAAGCUGGAGUCGAAGUGCAACUGCACAGUGAUGUAGGGAGUUUCUACUGCCUUUGGUUGAUACGAUCAACAAUCAACGGGCAAAUGCAUUAUUUGUUGGAUUUCCUUCAGUAUAGCAUUAGCACCGGUUUCUAUAUUCUUCGGACGAGGAGGUGUUUAUAAGUCACGAGUAGCAGCACAUGAGCUUCCAUCUUGAUUCAUUCUCGGGAAUAUGCCACACAAACCUGUAAAGGGAAUACCCCUGGCAUCAGCUCAAGAGGGAUCAGAGGUUUGUGGCAUGCUUCCACAUCUUUCUUGCUAGAUCGGUUGUAUACUCUGAUGCUGUUCUCCUGUCUCUUCAGGAGGAAUGCGCCUACGGUAUUCUUUUGUAAAUUUUGUUCUUGGUGUGCUUCUUUAUGGCUUUGAAUCAGUCAAAAAGAUCACGAGUUGAAGUGGCUGUACUGGUUAAUGAACAUUGAACACCUCUUUCAUACCUAGUCUUUGUUCUUCGGAGAGGAUUGUGAUAGAUUUUAGUUUUAUCCUCUUAUCUAAUCGCGUCUUGAACAGCAAUAAAACGAAAUACAGGAAAAGCUUGCUGGCCA